AUGGGUGUUUUUAAAAAAAACAAAACGAAACAACAUAAUUAUAUGGGAAGAAGUUUGAUGCGUAAUAAGUUGAUGAAAAAAGAAAUAUCUAAUAACAUUCUUUAUUCAAAGAUAGGAUGUGAUGAAGAAAAAAAUAUAAGUAAAAAAUUUUCUAUAUUAAAUAAAGAACCAGUAGAUGAUUACUUAGAUAAUCAGUUAGUUAUCAAUGAUGUUGAAGUUACAAAAGUUUUUGUUAAAAAAAAUGAAAUUAAAGAAAAAAGAAAUUUUUUAAAUAAAAAUAAAAAUGCUAAUAUUCAAAAUAUUGUUUUACCUAUUCCAGGAAGAGCUGUAUUUUUAAAAAGAGAAGAUAAAAUAAAUUUAAUUAUUAAUGAAAGGGCAAACACAAAAAUAAAAAAAAAAAAAAGAAAAAAUGUUAAGAAAAUUAAUUUUUUAAUGAGUGGAAAGAAUAUUAUACCAAUUAAUGUGCGCACUCCUAAAAAUGAAGAAUCAAAAAAAAAAAAAAUAAAAAAUUUAAAAAAAAAUAUAAAAAAAUAUAAUCAAAUUGAAGGAAAAAAUAGUAAGAAGAAUAAUAAUUAUUCUUUAGAAAAUGAUAAUACUAUUCUAGAAGAAAAUGAAGAUAAAAAUGAGGAAAAUGAAUUAAAAAAUGAAAAAAUUAAAAAUGAGAAUGAGGAAAGUGUAUCAGAAAAUGAAGAAAGUGAAUUGGAAAAUGAGGAAAGUGAAUUAGAAAAUGAAGAAAAUGAAUUGGAAAAUGAAGAAAGUAAAUUAGAAAAUGAAGAAAAUGAAUUGGAAAAUGAAGAAAAUGAAUUGGAAAAUGAGGAAAGUGAAUUAGAAAAUGAAGAAAAUGAAUUGGAAAAUGAGGAAAGUGAAAAUAGACAAAGUAAAAGAGAAAUAGGAAAAAAAAAAUGCGGUGAUGAUGAAAUAUAUAGUGAGGAUAUAGAAGGAAAUUUUUUCAAUAAAAAAUCAGGAUAUGACAAGUUUAAAGAAGAAGAUAGAAAGUUAAUGAAUAAUUUAGAUAUGAAUAAAAAUAAUUUAAAUUAUGAUUUUAAAUAUGUUGAUAUGUAUGAAGAGUUAGGAAGAAAAUAUAGAGAAUUUAAUUCACAAAAUAAUUUAAAUAAAGAGAUUAUAGAAAAGUAUGAAAUGGAAUAUUUUGUUGAAUGGAGAAAAUUAUUAAGUGAUAUUGAAGAAAGAGAAGGAUACAUUGUAACUCCUUAUGAAAAAAAUAUUGAAUACUGGAAACAGUUAUGGAGAGUUAUAGAAAAAAGUCAUGUCUUAUUUUAUAUUAUUGAUGCUAGAAAUCCUCUAUUUUUUUAUUGUAAGGGAUUAGAAUACUAUGUAAAGAAAGUAGAUUAUAGAAAAAAAGUUAUUAUAAUUUUAAAUAAAGCUGAUUUUUUGAAUGUUGAACAAAGAAAACUAUGGGCAGAUUAUUUUGAGGAAAGAAAUGUUCAAUUUAUUUUUUUUUCAGCAUUAAGAGAGUUGUAUCAUCAAAAUAAAAUAGUCAUUGAGAAUUUUUCAUUGAUGAACUCUAAUAAAGACGAGGAAAAAUGCCAUAACUUAUACAAAAGAGAAAAUAAUUUCGAAAAAGAAAACUUUUUUGAGAGUAGUAAAAUAAAUAUUGAAAAUGAUAGUAUAUCAAAAAAUAAAAAUAUUAUUGAGAAGAUGACUGAAGAAUAUAUAAAAAAAAAAAAAAAAAAUGAAGAUAUAAAUGAUGAUAAAAAAAAUAUAAUUAAUGUAGGUUUUGGCAAUUUAAGUUAUGAAACAAAAAAAAAUGACAGUACUGAUAUAUUAAGUGUAGAUGAUUUAAUAAAUUUAAUUAAGAAAACUAAAUUAGAAAUAAAAAAUUUAUAUCAUGAAAUUGAAAUAGAAACUUUUACAACACCUAAAUAUAUGGUUGGUUUUAUUGGUUAUCCUAAUGUAGGAAAAAGUUCAAUCAUAAAUUGUUUGAUUGGAGAAAAAAAAGUUAGUGUAAGUCGUCAACCAGGGAAAACAAAACAUUUUCAGACAAUUUCUUUAAAAAGUAUGCAUUUUUCAUUAUGUGAUUGCCCUGGUUUAAUAUUUCCAUCAUUAGUAUUUAACAAAUAUGACUUAAUUAUCAAUGGAGUAUUCUCAAUUGAUCAUUAUAAAGGUAACUUCAUUGAUAUCGUUCAAAUCCUUUGUAAUUUAAUACCUAAUCAAUUAUGUAAUUACUACAAAAUUAAUAAUAAUAUAAUUCGUGAAGUAAAAAAUGAAAAACAGGAAAAAAUUUUCUUGUUAGAUGCAACUGAAUUCUUACACGCUUUUUGUACAUCAAGAAAAUAUAUAUCAGGAGGAAAAGGGGGGUUAUUAAAUUAUAACUUUGCUACUCGAUUGAUAAUUCAUGAUUUCAUUAGUGGCAAACUUAUAUACAUUUUCUUACCUUCCUAUUUUAUGAACAGUUCUAACAUUUAUCAUAAUAAGAAACUACUAGACGAUAUAAACUCUAUUAAUCAAAUAGAAGAAGAAUUACUAAAAGAUCGAAACACAACUGAAGAAAUUGCAUUAACAAAAAGAAAAUUUCGUCAAAUGCAGAAGAAAAUGAUUAAAGGGAAAAAUGUUAUGAAAUAUUCCAUUAAUUAA